GCACUUAUAGAACGAAUCAUAAGAGCUUAUAAAAACAAUGAGAAAUUUCGGGUUAUUGUUAUAAUGCCAUUGGUUCCAGGUUUUGAAGGUCAAUUCGAUGCAGAGUCUGCUGUAGCUCUACGAAUUACGAUGGAAUUCGAAUACCACACAAUAUGCCGUGGUGAUGGAUCAAUUUUUGGGAGGCUCAAAAAGGCUGGCAUUCAAAAUCCGGAAGAAUAUAUAUCUUUUUAUGCUUUACGUGCCUAUGAUAAAAUUGAUUCUGAAGCGGUUAAAAAAGCAAAGGAUAAAAUUAUAGAUAGAUUGAACCGUGAUUCUAAAAUAGGCAUCAGCCAACUUUACCCGAUUAUAAGUAAUAUUAAAAACCCAAUUGUCACAGAGCAAAUCUAUAUUCAUUCUAAACUUAUGAUUGUAGAUGAUCAGAUUGUUAUCUGCGGAUCUGGUAAAUUGUUUGAAUGCAUGACUCAGAAAUUGCAGCUUAGGGAUAAUGAUAAAGUUGACUCGAAAUUAGCAGGAAAAGAU